UUAAGUUUAAAUUCGGAAGCCUACCAAACAAAGCUUCAUGUGCACCAGGGAGGGUAAACCUAAUAGGGGAGCAUACAGAUUAUAACGAGGGAUAUGUUCUGCCAAUGGCACUACAAAUGGUGACGUUGGCUGUUGGGAAGACGACUGAUAGUGGUCUAUGCAGGGUCCUAACUUUAGCGGAUGUUGGGAAGGAUAAUUACGUAGAAUUUUCUUUACCUACUGAAGAUAAUCCUCUAAUUCCCAGAAAGCUACAUUGGGCGAAUUAUGUGACCGGUGUGAUAGCCCAUUAUUUUGGCCCGGUUGUUUCAUUUGAUGCAGUAAUUAUCUCGUCAGUACCUUUUGGUGGAGGGGUUUCCAGUUCUGCUUCCUUACAAGUGGCAAUAUACACUUUGCUUGACGAACUGAACAAUGUGAAGGAUAAUAAAGUGUCGAAAGAAGACAAAGCACGGAGGUGUAUGGAGGCAGAACACGAGUUUAUAGGUCUUAUGGAUGGUAUCAUGGACCAGUUUAUAUCACUGACAGCGAAACAGGAUCAUGCCCUUUUACUUGAUUGUAGAUCAUUAGAAAAUAAGCAUAUACCUAUGGUUGAUGAUUCCGUGGUUGUUUUAUUGAUAAAUUCCAACGUGUCUCAUGAUCUAAUACAUACAGAAUAUCCAAAACGAACAAGACAAUGUAAGGAAGUAGCAACAAUCCUUGGUGUCAACAGCUUACGGGAUUUGACAUUGAAAACACUGGAAGACAGAAAGGAACUGUUAGAGAACGUGUUAUACAAGCGAGCACAUCAUGUUGUAACGGAAAUAGCACGAACAACUCAGGCAGCUGAGGCAUUAGAGAACAACGACUUCGCAACAUUUGGACGACUGAUGGUAGACAGUCAUAUAUCAUUGAGAGAUGAUUAUGAGGUAUCCUGUGAUGAGUUAGACGAGUUAGUAGAAGCUGCUUUAGAGAUGGAUGGUGUUUAUGGUUCUCGGAUGACGGGUGGGGGAUUUGGUGGUUGUACUGUCACAUUAGUGAAAAGAUAUAACGUUGAGUCAAUUAUUCAUCAUGUUGAGGCAGAAUACUCAAAGUGUGCUACUUUUUAUGUUUGCAAACCUUCUGAUGGUGCUAGAAGAAUUACAUUGUGAACUACUGAUAUUAUUAAGCACAAAGCUUUAAAUUAUACAUCAAUAAAUACUGUUAAUGCAGUGUACCAUCA